UUCCCAACCUUUGCAUCUAAAGGAGCCCAUCGUCCGAUGCGCCCCGUGCAGGCGUUCCCCACCCUGACGCCAGGAGCCCCGUUUUCUCGGCGUGCAGGUCAGCUGAAAUGACCCGGGAGCCAAAAUACCAACGUUUUACCCCCGUCUACUUUUGGGCUCCGCAUUUAGCCAUCCCCUUCGCUCCACCCCUUUCCCCGCCUCUCUUCGGCUUCUCGGUUAGGCAGAGACCCGCAGCGAAGGAUUGUGGGAAACUCCCAGUCGCUUCCACCGCCCUCAUUCGUUCCUCCUUUCUGCGGAGCAUCUGGCUUGCAAGGUGUGUGACAUCAGUAGCCGGGAGCCGAAGGUGGGAGUGAAGGAGUUGUACUAUGUCCAGGCAAGGUAUCGCUUGAGCAAGACACCUUUUGGAGAGACAGAGCCACAGCUAUCCCAAGGUCCAGAAGUGAGAGACAGGUCCUCCCUUUGGGCUAGUGAGAAGGGCCAACUGAAGAGAGCCCUCUCAACUGCCAGCUUCACAUCCCUCUGCUUUGGUUUGAGCUGAGUUUGGGUGAUAUCCACCUUUGCCACUCUCAUGAGCAGAAUGGAGUCUAAAGAAAGCACCCGAAGUGGAAACAAGACUGAUAGCAAGACUGCUAGCUCAGCAAAAUCUGAGAAACCUCACUCUGGGCCGGCAGCAAGUGCUGAUAAGAAAGAAGCUCCUAAGGAGCCGCCAACUCCUGCUGCCACCACCCCUGCAAAGAAAGGGGCCACAGCACCCAGCGAGGCAGCCAUGCUGAAUGACCACAGCAACCUGAAGCCUGCCGCAGUGCCAGCAGCUGAGGGGCCUGAAGCAAGUGCCCAUCCUGCUAACUCUGAGCAUAAAGAAAACAAUGCAGAGGAGUCGCCAGGGAGCUGCAUGUUUGAGAACAUCAAGCCCCUGCUCAUCUUUGGAGGGGCAGCAGUAGCUGCCAUAGCUGUGGUCAUAGGAGUAGCCAUUCUAGCUCGGAAAAAAUAGGGAACCUAAGGAAUGCAGGGAACAGAAUUUCCCCUGAGUUGUGUACUGUUCCUUUUGACAUCAGUGCAUGCAAUCACUUGUAUACAUACUUAUAAAUAUGCAGUAUAUAGCAAGAGAGACGUAGGUAGGUCUUACUCAAGGUUAGUAUACCAGGGUCCUGAAAAAAAGAAGAUUUUUUUUCCCCCCUGGUCAAUAGAUGCUAUUUUGUGUUUUCUUUCCAUAGCUCCUCCCCAUCCCACUUUUUGUCAGCUUUUAAACUUGGUUCCAGCAUCAUUUUCAGAUUCCUUUGCUUUUAGUUGUGCCAUGGAAGAGCAGAUGAAAUAAACACUUUCUCUUCAAGAGGACCAUCUAGUAUCCUGUAGUCCAGCUCACUGAAAUUACUUUCAGAGAUGCAUAAAAUGGCAGCAUCUUCACUAAUCUGAAGUGUAUUCAUCUACUUCGGUUCGUUGUCAGAGCAUCCAAGUAUAGUCUCACCUAAAUUAAAAAGUUCUCUUCGGAGUACGAGAAGCUAUCAGAGUUCAAGAAGCAAACUUAGCUUACUGAGAUCACUAAUCAAAGCCCAGGAGGAAACAUCUUGGCUUGCCAUCUAUCACACAAUGUCUACAAAGUACUAAAUAUAGUUUAGCCAUUGAUUGGAAUAGCUUUGGAAUAUAGUAAAGUAGUCUUUCUCUACCAUUUAAGUGCAUGUCAAAUGCAACCCUGCAUUGGCCAAGUACCUUUGUAGAAUUUAGAUACCUUUAAAAAGUGUUUUUUUUAAAAAAUAAAAAAUAAAAUCAGAUAUUGAAAUCUAUGUGAUUUAAACUUUUGGGAAAUUGAAAAGCUCAUCUGCUUAUGGAUUUUGAACUAAUAGUGGAGCUUCUCCAUAUAAAGGUACAUACCUGUUUGUGCUAUAAAUGGGAAUCAAGGGAAACAACAAACGUCAAAGGAUUAAGUGUGGAAUUAUGGAUUUAAGAAAAUUUGCAUAUGGAACAGCUGCCCAAAUACAAGCAUUUGAACCAAUGGACGAUCUUUAUUUCAACCUUUUAUAGCUUUAAUUCAAAAUAUAGCAAAAGAAUAAUAUAGCCUCAUGUAUUUCAUUGGAAAUUAUGCAAAGAAACAACAAACACUGAGUCACAGGAGCCAUUCCCCCCCCAUAACAUUUGAACCAGGAUGCCGAAGAUUAGAGCAAAUUUCCUGUUUUGAAAUAGGUUUGUUGUGUUGGUGGUCUUCUUGAAAUGUUUAAAACCAGAUUUGGGGGGGUGGGGAUAGUUAUUUGUCUUUGAUAUAUUUACUAAAGAUAUUUCCCCGACAGAAAGAAUUUGGACACUGGAGCAUUGGUUAUAAUGUAAGAUGACUGAAUGACCAUCCCUCAUGUAGUAGAUUUUUUUUUCCUGCUUGGACCCCACCAGUGUGAAACAGGUGUGUAUGUGUGUAUUAAUUAUACAACAUACCCAUACCAAUGAGAUUACAUUUAGUAAAAGAUUAAUGCUUGUGUUAUGUAUGUAUAUGUGUAUCAUGUUUUCAUCUCAUCAUAAUGUUUGUGUUAUGUAUGUAUAUGUGUAUCAUGUUUUCAUCUCAUCAUCUCAUCAUCUCAACUAACCUCUAUACUAGAUUUUUUUUUUGUAUUUUUAGCCCCACUCACUUUAACGUUGCAAACUAUAAAUCCAGAAGUAUAGUAAAAUGAUAGUAUUGCCAAGGCCAGUGUUUUUUAAUCUUGGCAAUUUUAAGAUGUGUGGACUUGAACAUGGCUGGCUGGGGAAUUCUGGGAGUUGAAGUCCAUACAUCUCAAGAGUUGCCAAAAUUGAGAAACAUUGGCCUACACUACAAUUAAUCAUCUCUCUUGCAUUUAUGGCUGUGAUCUUAUAGGUUAGGUCUAUAAGGGAAUCAUUCACUGGCACUCAUUGUUUCAUAUUGUGAUAUCCCACUGUUCUGAAUAAUUUUUCAGAAGCUUUUCCCCAUCUGAAAACCUGUAUUCUUGUGUAUAUGUGUACAAGCUUCUUUGAGAAUAUGUGUAUAUACAUUAUAAUUUAUGAAGCCUUUGUAAAGCUACAAAACCUGUAUUCUUUGUAGAAAAGCAGAAUGCAACCAUUUAUCUGCACACCUGCAUUCACACAAAGUGUCUGUGUUUGUGCCACUUGCAUUUCAUUGUACAAUAGCCAAAACCAAGAUUUCCUUUCAAUAAACAAAGAUACAUUUAGCUAAUUGAUGAAUGUAUAAUAAUCCGUCUUGUGCUUGUAAGGAAUCCCUCUGAUUGAUGGACAGUUGCUGGUACAAAAGAACUUUCUCUGCUUGCCUCUGAUACGUGUUCCUAAACUAUUCUGGAGCAAUUGAUAAGAGCCUGGAGUAGGAAAGGGAUGGGUGAAGAAGGAAGAAGCUAUUAUGCCCAAGGAAUGGCAUCAACAGAUAUUCCCCAAUAUAGUUUGGUGGUGUAAUUGUGGAUUGUGUGAUAACAUGUGCAGGCUUAUUUCUCUCUUGAAGUUUAAUGUAAACCUAAUGGUGGUGUAUCAGCUUUGCCCCUGCCCCAAACUGACCCUUAGGGAAAUGAUAGUGAUGCAGAACUAGCCUAACUUGCUGCAUGUGUUUCUGUAUACUCCACAAAUUACAUUCACUGCAAUAAUAAACACAGCAAAUGCUUCCUCAUUCUUGCUUUGAACAAUGGACAUCUGGAAAAUGUGUUUGUUUAUGUAGGCUAAGCUCAGUGAACUUGUGCUUUAUGAAAAUGUGCAAUUUUCGAUAGAAAGGCUAGUUAUGUUUCAGUUUGGUAAGCAAUAUCAUGUAAGCUUUUGAAUGUGUGUCAACAUUUGUGUUUGUUUCUUUUAAAGGUGAACAAAUCAACAUGCACUGCAUCCUGAUUUGUGCAACCUCUCAUAUGUCUUGUCUCCUUACUUAGUGGCUUUGGGUUGCUGCUUAUUGGCACCAGGGAAAUUGCCGCAAAGUUUGACAUUGGCAUCUCUACUAUUGGCUAUACUUUGUAUAGUACAACAAUCCCAUUUAAGCAUUUCUCUAGUUCCAAGGUUGUUGAUACGCUUCUAUUAUCAUUAGUGAUAAAGUAACAAAACACUUCCUUCAGAAGGCUAACCAUCUUCAGCUGGGACCCUUGUAUGUCUUGAAUGAAGUCAGGAUUGCUUCUAUUGGUUUUUAAAGGAGUCCCCCGCCCCCAUUUCAAUCUUUGCCAUACUUUGCCGUGCAUACGGGCAAAAUAGUAUUGUUUCUAUUUAUUGUUGCAGAUCAGCUGGAUUAUUAUACAACUCAUCAACUAACUGUUUUUAUACUUGGUAUUUUUACUCUUUCCCUACCCAGCUCCCCAAGUUUAGGUAUCGUAUCAGCCUCUUUCAUUGUUUAGAUUGAGAAUGAAUGGACCAAGGCAAUUCUGUGAGCUUUAUGGGUAAGAAAGGUCUAGACCAGGGGUUCUCAACCUUGGCAACUUUAAGACUUGUGGACUUCAAUUCCCAGAAUUUCUCAGCCAGCUUUAGCUGGCUGAGGAAUUCUGGGAGUUGAAGUCCACAAGUCUUAAAGUUGCCAAGGUUGAGAACCCCUGGUCUAGAGCUUUGACUCUCAAGACUCAACUUUACAUUGUUUUUUUAAAUACAGUGCAGUCCUCCGAAAGUACAUUCUAGAGUAAAUUGCACUGACUUUUGAGUUAUUUUUACAAAAUGAGUGCACCUUUUUCUGUAGAUAGGAAAUGAUCAGCUAAUAUUAAAUGUCUGCUCCAACUGGGUAUUUCCUAUAUCAAAUGGCAUGUAUUAGUAUGAGUGGAGCUGGAGUUAAUGUUAAAAGACAGAGGAUGUGAAGAAUAAUUGGACACUGCUCCUUAGUAAUCACAGACAGUGUUGUUGCCAAUAUUGGAACUGCCAUCCUUGCCCCCAUCUUUAAUUUUAAUGUAAUGGAAUUGGGGGAACUGGCCUUGAGACAGUUUUUGAAUACUGGUAGCUUCAGCAAAUUCAUUAGCAAACUGCUGUGAUAGCAAAAUGAGUCAUGAUAUCGUUGUAUAAGUGGUGCAGUAAUGUGAUGAUAUCAAAAUAUCUGAUGCAAGUAGCUAAGUCACAGCCUUUGUAUUUGAUGAUGUCAUGAUGCAUUUGUCACUCUCUUUCCAUCCAAUCUAGCUGCAGAUGUCCAUGUAUAGCCUCCUAAUAAAGAAAUACACAUUUAACGUAAGUCUAUCAUGCAUGAUCAAAAAAUCCCCAUUCAGUAGGCCAGACUUCCUAUAUGUGCUUAUUUGGUAGGAAAUACAUGAGUUGUUCCCAUUUUUAUUUAAAUGAUACAAAGUUUUCAUUCUGCAUAUAAAUUUGGAAAGACAGUUCCCUCAAAUUCCUUUUUUGUUGCUGUACACCCUUUAGUACAAAAUAUUAAGAUAUAUUAGCAAUCUCAAUUUGGCUGGAAACAUGUAUCAGUAGAGUCAGGGAGAUCAGCCCUUUAUCAGCUUUAUAUAGGACAUUCAAGAGGGUUCCUUAAUUAAACAUACUGGAACUUAUGCAUGAACUGAGGAUUCAAGGUGACACAGCUAUAACUGCAGCAAUGCUUCAACUGCUUCAGUAAUUGAUUCUGAUAAAAAGUUUUUCCCAACAUAUUUCGCUUUUUUUUUUUGCUUGAAAGAAAGACUCAGAUUUCACUAUUCAAUAUCAAAAAUGAGUAUAUUAUUUGCUGGUUUUAGAUAUUGUCCCCAUACAGUUCACAGAAAUGGAUAGUGUUUCUCUCUUUAGUGACUAAAACGUGAAAAACGAAAGAGGGAAAACUAGCAAAAGCAUAAGAAACUCCUUCUCAUCCCCAAAAGCCACUUUUAUUAUAUAAGAUCUGGUUGGUUGUUUUAGAUGUGUGAGGACAAUAAAAUGUAAUGACAAGAACUAGUAUCUAAAAACCGAAAGUAAUUUAGUUUAGACCAGGGGUAGGCAACCUUGGCUCUUUUAUGACUCGUGGACUUCAACUCCCAGAAUUCCUGAGCUAGCAUGGCUGGCUCAGGAAUUCUGGGAGUUGAAGUACACGAGGCAUAAAAGAGCCAAGGUUGCCUACCCCUGGUUUAGACAAAUAUAUGUACAAGUGGGCAAACGUUAAGACUAUGCUUCUAUCCAAAGUCUUGGCUCUGUCUGUCUUACAUUCUCCCAUUCUUCUUAUACCACUUCUUUUUUCACAUGAACCAUCUUUUAAGAUGCCCAGUGUACAAAGCCCACCUCACCUUCUCCAUGUCACAGAAUCUCCCAUACUCUGCCAAGCAGUCUUCAGUUUAGCUUGACUCCAACGUCAUUUUAAAUUGUACUCUAGGAUGAAUGGGGGGAAAAAGCACUGGCUGAUGUAACCCCUUAAUUUCUUCUGUUUGUUAAUAUGAGCAUGGCCCAAAAUAUCUGGCGUAUGAAAGAUAGUUCUGUUAUAAAUUUCUGUUUCAAUCCCAAAGCCAUGCCUUGGUUAUAAGGUGGCAGCUACAGUUCCAUCAUUAUAUCUCAUUGUGCAGAAUUGAUGAGCACUAUGUGAUGCAAUUAAUCCAUUGCUAAUUUUUCAGUCAUAGAAGCUUAAACCAGUUUCCCAAGCUACCAAAAAUGCAAGGAGAAUACCCCUUUUGUGAUAUGCCUGUAUCCUUGUUCGUAAAUGUAUUUGAGGUGAUCUCCCACCCCUUCAUAUUUCUUAUGUCUUUUCCUAUAUUUAUGGUUAAGGGAAGGUCCAAAGUAAUCCGUGUAGAUGGGAAAUGCUAGUUGAUUCAAUCCGAAUGUUUGCUAUCUGCUUCUAGAUUCAUUUGAACAAAACAAAAUCAUACAAAAUGUACUCCACAGCAAAAAAACAAUGUAACAUUACUAAAGAGUCUCCCCAUUAAUACGAGUAGCCUAUAACAUUAAUUGAUUAUUUCCCUUACUUAACAGGCACACUUACAUAAACAACAUGAGAUUCUCCAUAGGUCCUGGGCUAUAACCAACCCAGUUCCGAGAUAUAGUCCAACACAAUUGGAAAGAACAAAGUUGGUAAAUGCUAACUUAAUAUAUGUUGGCCUAUGCAUAACAGAGAUUAAGGUGGUUUCUUUUUUUCAUUUUGAAGUCAGCUGUUGCAGACUAUCUUUUGUCAAAGCAAAUGUGAAGAAACACCACUUUGAGUUAGAAAAUAAAUCUGAACCUUUUAAAAAUCUUCUGAUAUUGCCUAUGCUUCUAUGGACACUUUGUAUGGGCUUCAGCUCAGCUCCUUAAAAUGGCAAAGAAUUUUUCCUUUCCCAUAUAGUAUUCUCUUUUAUUUGAAUUUUAAAAUGCGUAUAAAUGCAAUAAUGCAGGUAGAGUAGAACUAUUAGACUGAAAAUUAAAGUAGUUUAGCUUGUCCCAUUUGUGACCUACAGUGUUGUAUGACACCCAACACUGUAUCCUAGCAUUCUCAAGGCUUUCCUACAUAGCUGAAUCUAGUCUUAGCUUUGAAAAAUCAUUGUGUGAAUGGUGGGGUGGGUUGACUGGGAACGUGUAUACUUUACAUACCGUAUGUUAUUUGCAUCAGAAGCUACAUAGCCACUCCAUUUUCUAUGAAACUGUAAAUGAUUCCCAAUAUACCUGUAACUAUUAUCAGGAUUGUGUGAAAUAAACUAUAUAUAUCUAUAUAGA